AUGCGGAGGGGCGAGCGCAGGGGCGCCGGGGGGUCGCGGCCGGGGUCCCCGGCGCCCGUGGGGAAGGCCUCGCUCGAGGAGCCGCCGGCCGGCCGAGCCCCGGGGCCGGGCGACGGCCGCCGCAGCACCGAGUCGGAGGUGUACGACGACGGCACCAACACCUUCUUCUGGCGUGCACACACCCUCACCGUGCUGUUCAUCCUCACCUGUGCACUUGGCUACGUGACUCUCCUGGAAGAGACACCCCAGGACACAGCCUACAACACCAAGAGAGGUGUUGUGGCCAGUAUUUUGGUUUUCUUAUGUUUUGGAGUCACACAAGCUAAAGACGGGCCAUUUUCCAGACCUCAUCCAGCUUACUGGCGGUUCUGGCUGUGCGUGAGCGUGGUCUACGAGCUGUUUCUCAUCUUCAUCCUCUUCCAGACCGUGCAGGACGGCCGGCAGUUUCUGAAGUACGUUGACCCCAGGCUGGGGGUGCCGCUGCCCGAGAGGGACUACGGGGGAAACUGCCUCAUCUACGAUGCCGGCAACGCGGCCGACCCCUUCCACAACAUCUGGGACAAGCUGGACGGCUUUGUUCCUGCCCACUUCAUCGGCUGGUACCUGAAGACCCUGAUGAUCCGGGACUGGUGGAUGUGCAUGAUCGUGAGCGUCAUGUUCGAGUUCCUGGAGUACAGCCUGGAGCACCAGCUGCCCAACUUCAGCGAGUGCUGGUGGGACCACUGGAUCAUGGACGUGCUGGUGUGCAAUGGGUUGGGCAUCUACUGCGGCAUGAAGACGCUCGAGUGGCUCUCCCUAAAGACAUACAAGUGGCAGGGCCUCUGGAACAUCCCCACCUACAGGGGCAAGAUGAAGCGGAUCGCCUUCCAGUUCACGCCUUACAGCUGGGUGCGCUUCGAGUGGAGGCCGGCAUCCAGCCUGCGGCGCUGGCUGGCCGUGUGCGGCAUCAUCCUCGUGUUCCUGCUGGCCGAGCUCAACACCUUCUACCUGAAGUUCGUGCUCUGGAUGCCGCCCGAGCACUUCCUGGUGCUGCUGCGCCUCGUCUUCCUGGUCAAUGUGGGCGGCGUGGCCAUGCGCGAGAUCUACGACUUCCUGGACGACCAGAAGCCGCACAGGAAGCUGGGCCAGCAGGCCUGGCUGGUGGCGGCCAUCACGGCCACGGAGCUGCUCAUCGUGGUGAAGUAUGACCCGCACACGCUGACCCUGUCGCUGCCCUUCUACAUCUCCCAGUGCUGGACGCUUGGCUCCGUCCUGGUGCUCACCUGGACCGUCUGGCGCUUCUUCCUGCGGGACAUCACCUUGAGGUACAAGGAGACGCGGCGGCAGAAGCAGCAGAGCGACCCGGGCAGCACCGCGGGCAGCGAGGACGGCCCCCUGGAGCUGGACGAGGAGCUGCCCGGGCCCGCCGGCGGGCAGCCGCAGACAGACCUGCUGUCGGCCACCUCAUGAGCCCCCCAGGCCGGGGCCUCAGCCUCAGGGCUGCUCUGUACUGGCCCGCGGCUUCGCCCUCGUGUAUGUGCACACGUGUUGUGUGGUGUGGCCUAAGCAGGGGCCACGCCUCCCACCUGUGAGGGGGCUGCUGAGACGCCUCGGGCCGAUGUGGGUGGCGGCCGCGGGGCUGGGGUCCUGUCCCCCGGUGUUGGGGCUGCGCGGUCCUCCUCUCCAGUCUGGACCCCUGGGCAGGUUGGCCUCAGCCCACCCCCUGGGCGCAGGCUCAUGGUCAGCCAGGCAGGGCAGGUGCAGGGAGCCCAGCCCGGGACGUCUUGGCUUUACUGUGAGAGUUGAGGGGCCAGGCCACCGCGCCCCACGUGAGCACGGCUUCUGGUGCAGCACCCGGGAGAGCGGGAGACGGCACAGGUCCCUGGGCCCCGGCACCCGCCUGGGGGACCCAAGCCAGCCCCUUGCUCUGGCCUGGCCCAGCCCUGGCUGUUGUGGCCGUUUGGGGAGUGAACCAGCAGAUGGAACAUUGUUUCCCUGUCACUCUGCCUUUGAAAUAAAUACUUAAAAAGGAGGCAGGAAUUUCUUCAGGACCUAUGGGCCCCCAGGCUCCACCUCCCUCAGGGGCCAGACCACCUGCCCUGGUCCCCGGAGCAUGCACUGCCCUCGACCUCUGCACGGUGGUCUCCCCAUUGCCCUGCCUGGACGGGUCCACUGCCUGCCCCGUCUGGCAUCACCCAUUGCUCAAGGAGCCCUGGGACCUGAGUGGGGUCCUGCCCAGGGGCGGCUAACACUGCAGCUGCUGGGCAUGCCCAGGGCUACAGCUGCGGGCAGCAGGUCAAGGUCUGAGCUGCAGAGACAGCCUGGCCCUGGACCGGAACCCCCACCCUGCCCAGACCAGUGACACCGUGCUGCACCUCUGCCUGGCGGGUGGUGCCCAGCGGCCCCGCCUCCCACUCCAUGCGGAGGUCCCUGCCCCCUCUGGAGGCCAGGAUGCAGCCCCGAUUCCUGCCUCUGUCUCCACACGGGACUUUGACAUUCACUCGGGUGGUGAACCAACAACGGGAACUGUAAGUCUGCUUAUGAAGUCUCUUCAGGAGGGGCCAGCGCUGUGGCGGAGCGGGUAAAGCCACCACCUGCAGUGCCAGCAUCCCAUAGGAACACCGGUUCUAGUCCAGGCUGCUCCUCUUCCCAGCCAGCUCUCUGCUGUGGCCUGGGAAAGCAGUGGAAGAUGGCCCAAGUGCUUGGGCCCCUGCGCCCACGUGGGAGACCCGGAGGAGGCUCCUGGUGCAGCUCCGGCCGCUGCAGCAGUUGGGGAGUGAACCAACAGAUGGAAGACCUCUCUCUGCCUCUCUGUAACUCUGCCUUUCAAA